AAAAAAAAACCGUAGCUCAUAGCUCAUAGCUAAGCUCCUGCUUGCUUUCUUUGCUUCAGCAGAGCGAGACCAAGGAGAAGAAGAAAGAAAAUAUAAAUAACUUUAUAAUUCAUACAAAUAAUGGUGGUGUUUGGCGCCAAGAAGGUCGCCCAUGUGGUGUCCAGUAUUGGCGGGAAUGGAGUGGGCCAGAUUUUGGCCGCCUUGGCCGCCACUAUCUUGCUACGCGCGUUGUCCGGGCCCGGCCCUGCUCUCUCGCCUGAAAAUGAAACCGGUGAAGAAAACGACGACUUCUCUGAUACCGAUGAUGAUGCUCCUCCAGCCGCUGGCAAAGUUUUUCCCGUUACCAUAACAUGGAGGAACAUCACCUGUUCCCUCUCCGAUAAACACUCAAAAUCAGUUCGGUUUCUGCUUAAAAAUGUGAGUGGAGAGGCAAAACCUGGAAGAUUACUCGCCAUAAUGGGGCCAUCAGGAUCGGGAAAAACCACGCUGUUAAACGUUCUGGCAGGUCAAAUUUCAGCAUCGCCGCGACUACAGUUGUCAGGUCUUUUGGAGGUCAAUGGGAAGCCUAGUUCAAAUAAAGCUUACAAAUUUGCUUAUGUGAGACAGGAGGAUCUUUUCUUCUCGCAGUUGACAGUGCGAGAAACAUUAUCUCUGGCUGCAGAGCUUCAGCUUCCAGAGAUAUCUUCUGUUGAAGAGAGAGAUGAAUAUGUGAACAAUCUCUUAUUUAAACUAGGCCUGGUCAGCUGUGCUGAUUCAAAUGUUGGUGAUGCCAAAGUUCGUGGGAUCAGUGGCGGUGAAAAGAAACGUUUAUCGUUAGCUUGUGAACUGAUUGCAAGCCCGUCUGUAAUAUUUGCUGAUGAACCCACAACUGGACUUGAUGCUUUCCAAGCGGAGAAAGUAAUGGAAACUCUCCGCCAACUUGUACAAGAUGGUCAUACUGUAAUUUGCUCCAUACAUCAGCCUAGAGGUUCUGUGUAUGGUAAAUUUGAUGACAUUGUGUUGCUAACAGAGGGUGAACUUGUUUAUGCUGGCCCUGCACAUGAUGAACCACUGGAAUACUUCUUAAGAUUUGGGUACCAGUGUCCAGAUCAUGCAAAUCCUGCAGAAUUUUUGGCCGAUCUUAUAUCUAUUGACUACAGUUCUGCUGACAGUGUCCACUCUUCUCAGAAAAGAAUUGAUGCUCUUGUUGAGGCAUUCUCAACACAGUCAUCAGCAGUUCUUUAUGCCACUCCAUUUACCAGACAGACUGGUCUAAGGCAUGGCAUUAAGUUCAGCAAGAAAAGUGUUGCUAAGAGGAAAGGGGGUUGGUGGAGACAAUUUUGGUUGCUUCUAAAACGUGCAUGGAUGCAAGCUUUUCGUGAUGGACCAACAAAUAAAGUUCGAGCUAGAAUGUCAAUUGCAUCAGCUUUAAUAUUUGGGUCAGUUUUCUGGAGAAUGGCAAGAUCUCAGACGUCCAUACAAGAUAGAAUGGGAUUGCUUCAGGUUACUGCAAUAAACACAGCAAUGGCUGCUCUCACAAAGACUGUAGGUGUAUUUCCCAAGGAACGUGCAAUUGUAGACAGGGAGCGUGCAAAGGGAUCUUACACACUGGGACCCUAUCUACUUUCCAAAUUGAUAGCUGAGAUACCUGUGGGAGCAGCAUUUCCUCUAAUGUUUGGUGCUGUGUUGUACCCCAUGACUCGUCUUCAUCCUACCGUGUCUAGAUUUGGAAAGUUCUGUGGAAUUGUGACUGUGGAGUCUUUUGCUGCAUCUGCAAUGGGUCUGACAGUUGGGGCCAUGGUUCCAACUACAGAAGCAGCAAUGGCCUUGGGACCCUCUCUUAUGACAGUCUUCAUCGUCUUUGGAGGAUAUUAUGUAAAUGCAGAUAAUACACCGAUUAUCUUCCGUUGGAUUCCCCGUGCUUCUCUCAUAAGAUGGGCUUUUCAAGGGCUUUGCAUCAAUGAAUUUUCUGGUCUUAAAUUUGAUCAUCAGCAUUCGUUUGACAUUCAGACUGGAGAACAGGCACUUGAGCGACUCUCCUUUGGAGGAAGUCACAUCAGAGAUACAAUUGUAGCUCAAAGUAGAAUUUUGUUGUUUUGGUAUUGUACCACUUACUUCCUCCUUGAGAAAAAGAGACCCAAAUACCAGCAGCUUGAGGCACCUGCUAUUGGGCAGAUGGAACCACGGCUAAAGCUUGAGCCUUUAGAAACUGACCACCCUCCUUCGCUGAAACAAGUUGAACAAAAUCAGCAGGUUGAGUCACCUUCAGUUGACCAAAUCCGACCAUUCAUCCUAGAAGGUGCAAAGUAAAGGAGAUGUCUUUGCAAUAAAGGAGGGUCUCAUGCAUUUUCUGAGCUAAUGAGAUGGUUCUAUAGUACAUCACAUUUACAUCAGUGAUUACUGUGUAGCGGGAAGUAUACUUUCCCAUGUAAAAUCUUGUCUGUAAUGGAUCUUUAUGGCAUCCAAAUGAACCAUAUCUUUGACAUCUGUUGUCUAAUAAUUAGCUAAAAUAGAGGAAAAUCUAGUCUUCCUAAUACAUACUGCUAUCAUGAUAUAUCAUAUUGUUUUGAGAAA